AGCACUGUUUGGUUGUUGGACGCAGAGCGAGCUGAUGACCCGCGUUGGGAUGUGUGUACGUCUAAGAGGCUUUUUAACAUGUGGAAAGAGGAAACUAACCGAUUAACUUUCAUAUUGUCAUCAAGGAACUAAAGAAAAAAAAAAAGGGUUUACCGAGGACACCGGUAGUUCGGACGAAAGAAGUUGGUGAAGUCGCUCCAGAGGCCUGAGUGCCAUGCCAGAGGGGUCCCAUUCUGCUCUCCACCAGGGCCUAAUGGGGGAAGAAUCUCCUCACCUGUCCUCGCCGCUCUCUAAUGCUGAAAAUGACCAGCAACACGUUGUCUUGGGCCCGGACUGCUACAGUCGGCUAUGUGAGGAGCCACUGGACGGAGAGGGCGAGCGUCCAGUGAGCCUGGUGUCUACCCUGUCCUCUGGUUCGUCCCGGGAUAGUCGCAGCCUUUUUGGAAGCACCGUAGCCCUUCCUUCCUCCACCACGCCACCUGUACAGAACGAGGAGGACAUAGACUUGGAGCUGAGCCCGGCUGGAAGCACUGGAGGAACAGCCAGGGACCAGAGUCCCAACAUUAAAGACUCCAGGGGCCGCUGGCAGGAACGGCUGGAGUCCAGGGUGAUCGCCAACCAGUGGAAUAACAACAACGCCUGCUCUAACAGGAAGGCAAGAGUUGAAAUACCUCACAUCCAAGCCUCACCUGUCAUCGCAGACGCCAUGGCGCCCAACCCAAAGUUGACCUAUGUGGACCGUGUUGUCAUGGAAAUCAUCGAGACAGAGCGCAUGUACGUCAAGGAUCUGCGCAGCAUCGUGGAGGACUACUUGGCCCACAUCAUCGAUAUGAACAACCUUCCCAUACAACCGGAGCAAGUGUGCGCACUGUUUGGAAACAUAGAGGACAUAUACGAGUUCAACAGUGAGCUGCUUCAGUCCUUAGACAUGUGUGAGAACGACCCUGUGGCCAUUGCUCGAUGCUUUGUAGACAAGAGUGAUUACUUUGAAAUAUACACUCAGUAUUGUACCAACUAUCCCAACUCGGUGGCAGCACUGACCGACUGCAUGAGUCAUAAAACUUUGGCCAAGUUUUUUCGGGAUCGCCAGGCUGCUCUGAAGCGCUCCCUCCCUUUAGGUUCAUAUCUGCUUAAACCAGUGCAGAGGGUCCUGAAAUAUCACCUGCUGCUUCAGGAAAUUGUAAAGCACUUCAACCCAGAUGAGGAGGGCUAUGAGGUUGUUCAGGAGGCCAUAGACACCAUGACCGGAGUGGCCUGGUACAUCAACGAUAUGAAGAGGAAACAUGAACAUGCUGUCAGGGUGCAGGAGAUACAAUCUCUUCUGAUCAACUGGAAGGGUCCUGACCUGACCACCUAUGGGGAGCUGGUGCUGGAGGGCACCUUUCAUGUCCUGCGGGCGAAGAACACCCGUACACUCUUCCUCUUUGAAAGGAUGCUUCUCAUUACCAAGAAAAGAGGGGAACACUAUGUCUACAAGACUCACAUCUCUUGCUCCACACUAAUGUUAUUGGACAGUGCAAAGGAUCCCCUGCUCUUCAGUGUCAUCCACUUCAAGCAUCCCAAGCAACCCCAUACAGUGCAGGCCAAGUCAGUAGAAGAGAAGCGUCUCUGGGGCCAUCACAUUAAGAGGCUCAUACUUGAGAACCACAACACCAUCGUCCCGCAGAAGGCAAAAGAAGCCAUCCUGGACAAUUCCAACUGUCCAGGGAUGUACCACUACAGCCCUGAGAGGCUGAAGAAAACCGAGCUCUACCAAGCUGACGACUUCCAUCUUGGAGGGCGUAAUGGGAGAAGGAGAUCAGAGCCUGUAAAACAAAUCAUAAGGACGACAAAAGCUGUUUUAAAGCAUGCAGACAGUGAGGGUGCACUGCUGGGGGAGAGGUGCUCCCUUCAGCCAGCCACUAGUGUCAGUACACUGGCCUUCAGCUUAGGCGAGCUCCAGGCUGAGAGUCCAUGUGUGGGGGAUCUCAAUCCUAGAGCGGACUCUUUGGAGCAGCUAAGUCCAGCUGACAGUAACCCCAAACUGGGCCCUUCACCCAGCAAGGGGGAUCUGGAGCAGGAGAAGGCCGAGGAGCCAAAUGAAGAAGAAGAAGAGGAGGGGGAGAAUUAUAAGGAAGAUUUACUGAUGGGAGACGACCAGGUAGCCGACUUUGCCAGCUCAGUGCUGGCAGCCAUCUCCUGCUGGCACUAUAGAGCCAGGGCUUUGCUUUCUACUCACUUCACAACGGAUGAGCAGAACAUUGAACCGGCUGAACUGAAAGCUACAGAGAGAGAGGAGAUAGAAACUUGCAGCCAAGAGGAAAAUCAUGUUGCUGCAACUGUGGACACACAGGUCGGUGUGGAGGAUCUGUGCCCUCUGGACUGUGUCUUGCAAGCAACAGACGGCAGUCAGAUGGAGGUGCAGCAUUCCCAGUGCCCAGAGUCUCCUGUCUCCCCUUUGCAACAAGAGGCUGUCACACCAGAACCGCAGGACACAUCAAGAGAAAGUAUAGAGGAGGAAGAAGGGGAAUGUGAUUCCUCUGGUCUCGCGGUGGAGGACACCAGUGUGCUGACAAACGGGGAUCUCUCAGAGGACGAAGAGGAGGUGCUUUCAGACAACAAAAGCCUCCUGCCUUCCUCCGUGCUGGACCAGGCAAGUGUAAUCGCCGAGCGCUUCAUCAGCAGCCUGUCCAGACGAAGCAGUCUGGUUUCAGAGGACCUGGGUCCCCUCGCCUGCCCCUCACCCUCGAUAGAAAACGACGUCUUUAAAAGCCCCUCAGCCUGCAUGGACCUGGAGAAGCAGACUCAAAUGUUGGACUGCUCUACUCCAGAGCCACAGGUGAGAUCUGAGGCUGAUCUGUCCACACCUGAACAUGAACCAGUACCAGAACUGGAGUGCAGGUCCACUCUCUCCAAACAAGACCGCCUCCUCAUCCACAAGAUUAAAAGAUAUUAUGAGCAUGCUGAGCACGAAGAUAUUAACUUCAGCAUCAAGCGCAGGGAAAGCCUCUCCUAUAUCCCCGCGGGUCUGGUUCGUCAUCUGAGCCGACAGCUCAACACUACUCCCCAGGAACAGGCUGUCCCAGUUCACAGGAAGGGACUCUGUCGAAACCGUCCGACUUCCUGGUCCGUGUUCGACCUUCCCGGCCUAGAAAAGAGGAAAAACACAGACAGAAAUCAAAAAAAGGAACCACAGCAACCAGAAGAGCCAAAAGCUAGAUCUCAGAGCAUCACAGACUCCUCCACUACAGAAGAAGAGUUCAGAUCCUCAUCAGACAUGCUCAAGGUUUGGCAAAACCUUGAAACAAAGGAGGAGGGCCAGACAGUUCAGCAGAUAGACGAUGAGAAACGUAAUGACUCAGAAUUGGAAGCAACACAGAAAAUCAUCUCAAACACUUCUGCCGUUGAAACCAGUAAGCAACCGCUUCAGAUUUUAGAAGAGAAUGAAAUAAGCACCACUUCAGAGGGCUCUUUGAUAUCAUCUCCCACCACAACUGUUCCAGCAGUGGAGGGGGGGUCCUGUCAGGACUCUAAGGCCCUAAUAACUGAGGAAAAGGGCCAGUUAAACCAAGACCACCUACCCCAAAUAAUUAGCUUAAGAAACGGUACGGAGGAAGACCAGAUCCUACAGGACAUGGGAAAGAUGAAAAACAAGGUGUUCCAGCUGGCUCGUCAGUACAGUCAGCGCAUAAAGAAUAACAGGCCGAUGAUCUGGCAGAGGAACCGAGAACAACAACAACAACAACAACAACAACAAGGCUUAAAGAGUAUGCCUGCUGUCUAUGAGGAGAAGAUGCAAUCAGUGAAAAAGGGUAAACUCAGCAUUAGGUUGCCAUUGAACACUUGCAAUCAGGCGGUCAUCCAUGAAGAGCGUUCCCCAAGCCCAGUCAAGACCCCCACCUCUGGAACCGUCUCCCAGAGCACUCUGACCGGACCGCAGAGCCCACAGUCAGACACUUUCCACUGGCCUGACGUCCAGGAGCUGCGCACCAAAUACACAAAGACCUCCCACUCCAAAGUAACACGCAGCUGCACUGUGCCAAACGGGAUGCUGGAGUUCUGUACAGACAGGUGUAACAGCUGCUCACAUAAGUACAGUAGCUCCUCUGACCUCCACAAAACUCUGACAGACUGUUCAAGGAUACAGCCUGAAUCUGAAAGCAGGGAAGGGGGUCCUGUUGUAGACGACUGGCCACAGACUCAAUCCAAGUCCCAGCCACAGCUCCAGCCCCUGCUGUGCAGGUGGAGCUCUUUGGACCACAUGAUACCCCUGCAUGACUUACAGAACCUUCAAAAACCUGCAAGCACCUUCUUUAAAACCAGCCAGGUGUCUCUGAUUACACCUGGAGAGACCGGCAACCCGCUCCACGAAGACUCAGACUGUUCCACAAAGUCCUCUGCGCUGGCUGCAAUGAAGAUAACAGACAGUAAUCUAGUGAAAAGCUUACGGGAGAAGUUUCAGAGUUUAAGCACAGGCUCGUGAACUUUUGAAAUAUGUACAUUUUUAUAAUCAGAGACUAUCACAUGGAAACAUUAUCUGCCAGUAACCCAAUGCUUCCAAUCGUCUCGUUUCCCACAACUUGUUAUCUGCACAUUGUUGAGCACAGUGGUGAUGAUGUUUGUACCCGUGUAAACUAAAAGGGAUGUGAUUGGUCACUGGGUGGGGGCAUCACUUCUUACAAAAGGUGUAUUGCAAUAUUUGUACAUUUGGAAUUGUUCUGAACUGUUAAAGUGUGUAUAUAGUUCACUAAAACACUUUUUAUCAUUUAACAAUUUACUGUACGCUGAAGUUUCAGAGAGAAGCAAGAGGAAGCUUAAGUCAUAGUGACUGCACCAAAGAGGGUUUUCUUUUAACAUUUGUUGACUUUGAACACACGUGAUCACAGCUGUAACUUGCUUCCACGUCUACUGUAGCUGCUUUUGAAUCUGUUUUCAUGUAUUGUAUCACUGGAGCUUUAUUUGUCUCAAGUUGUAUAUUUGCUUUAACAUUAUUUAUAAAAGAAAAACUGUAUAUUUGACAGAUUAGCCUCAUGUAAAUACUGAGCAGAAGCAGCCGUCUUUAGUUUUCCAUUACAGACAAUAAAUGGUUUCAUACUUGAAGUUUCCCAUAUUUUCAAUAAAAGAAGAAAUGUUUAAGUUUC